UGUCUGCACGCAUUACACGCUAGGAAAAUCAAUUUAUUCUUCCUUAUAAUUACAUCAUUAUUUUUACUAUGUUACUAUUUGUUUUUCUAGACAUUUAUUGCUCACUGUUAAAUAAAGGACAACAAUGGGGGGUUACAGCCUAGAAUUAUUCGAUGGCAAGCCCACUUAUCGAAAGAGCGCGUUAGAAGCACGCUCCACAAUAACGUUGGAAACACAUUUCACUUGUCAGAGACAGUGACAUCUAAGGCCAGGCUUUGAUCUGAAGCCAAUGGAUCAACGACACCCAUUCCAGCGGCCCCACUAUCUCAACUCUCAAUCUGGAUUUCCUAUCUUCGAGUGGCUUUCUUUUUCCGAUUGUUUGAGCCUUUCUUUUUUUUGGCUUUUGUUGAAUGCGCCAUCAUGUUAAAGCAACACGCCUUUUCCCUGUUAAGGAUUUUCUAUCUUCGAGCGGCUUCUUUUUCCGAUUGUUUGACCCUUUUUUUUUUCUUGGCUUUUGUGGAAUGCGCCAUCAUGUCAAAGCCACACGCCUUUUCUCAGUAAGGGCCGCUUUCAAUCCGAAGGAGUGGAACUAGUUCCAAUGAAUCUCUUUAAAAAACUUGCAUUUCAAUCUCUCUCUGUGGGACUGAUCGUAAAGAAUCUAAAUUUAUGGCCAAACACUUGUUGAAAUGUACUGGGGGUCAAUGGUUGGAUGGUUGAUGAAUGUAUUAUGUACUGCAAGUCUUCAAAAGCAUGCUUUGUACUACUUUGCAGUACAUGCAGAUGGUCUUAAAAGUCGUAAAUACUAGAUUUUUUUUUUUUGCGGUUGGUAAGCUGUGGUUGCUUUGCUAAAAGACUAAGCAAUUUUGUACCAAAUUGCAGAGUCUUGAAUUGCAGAUUUUGGGAUACCCUUUUUGGGGAUUUGGGGGUAAUCUUGGUUCAGAUGCUGAAUUUAAGGCCCUGGUGAUAUUGCAUUCAAUUGAAUUUAAGUACCACUUUGGCUUUUUCUGGGGUUUGUGGUUUGCUUGUGGUCCUUGUGGGGUGUUUAUUACUGUUUGCUCGGUCCAUUGAACUGAAACUCAGAUACUUGCGAUAUCUUCUUCCUUGUAUUUGGAGAGUGCUGCGAGUCAUAAGGUGAGUAUUUUAUUGCUUCUGUGGCAUGUUCUUAGAUCACCCAAAGGAAAAAAAAGCAAAGCAAAUCUCAGUUUGACGUUGUUUAAUGAAUUCUGGUUAAUUCGAUGGAGAAGAAUUAGAAGAAACAAAUUGGAGCCCGUGCAAGUUUUUCCAACGUCUGGUCUUUGCUGAACUCUAGCAAAACCAGAAUCAGAAGAAGAAAAAGCUGAUCACUGAGACUGGCUGGAACCAGAUUAUACCAAUCCAAUGGCAAACAUGAACAUGGAAGAGAUGAAGGAGAUUGAAAAAGUUGACUUAGAAGAUUUAGAAGAGAUGAAUAAUGAGACAGAGGAGUUGAAGAGAAUUGCAUCGUGGAUGAAACAGAUAACCAUUCGAGGACUCAUUGCUAGCCUUCUUAUUGGUAUCAUAUACAGUGUGAUAGUCAUGAAACUCAACCUCACAACAGGGCUAGUUCCCAACCUCAAUGUCUCGGCUGCUCUUCUUGCCUUUGUAUUUGUUAGGUCGUGGACUAAGCUGCUUCAAAAGGCAGGAUUUGUUUCAACUCCAUUUACUCGACAAGAGAAUACUAUAAUUCAGACCUGUGCGGUUGCUUGUUAUAGUAUUGCUGUUGGUGGUGGUUUUGGGUCUUAUCUGUUGGGUUUAAACAGGAAAACAUAUGAGCAAGCAGGUGUUGAUUCAGAAGGCAACAAUCCUGGGAGCAUUAAGGAACCUGGGAUUGGUUGGAUGAUGGGUUUUCUCUUUGUGAGCUGCUUUGUGGGGCUUUUGGCAUUGGUUCCUCUGAGAAAGAUCAUGAUAAUUGACUACAAAUUAGCUUACCCAAGUGGAACUGCUACAGCUGUCCUGAUAAAUGGGUUUCAUACUCCCAAAAGAGACAAAAUAGCUAAGAAGCAAGUUCACGGGUUUCUGAAAUUCUUUUCACUUAGUUUCCUCUGGGCGUUCUUCCAGUGGUUCUAUGCAGGCGGAGAUAAAUGUGGAUUUUCUCAGUUUCCUACGUUUGGCUUGAAAGCAUGGAAAAACUCAUUUUACUUUGAUUUCAGUAUGACUUACAUAGGAGCAGGAAUGAUCUGUUCCCAUCUAGUAAACUUAUCUUUGCUCCUUGGAGCAGUGCUUUCUUGGGGAGUAAUGUGGCCACUAAUAGGUGGGCUCAAAGGAGAUUGGUUCCCUGCAACUUUACCAGAAAACAGCAUGAAGAGUCUAAAUGGUUACAAGGUUUUUAUUUCUAUUGCUCUAAUCCUUGGGGAUGGGCUCUACAAUUUUCUGAAGAUACUGUUUUUCACUGCAAGAAGCAUUCAUACCAGAGUGAGAAAUAGCAAUCUUAAAACAUUUUCUGAUAACCAGAAGCAGCAUCAGGAUGAUCUUCAACGAAAUAACCUAUUCCUACGAGAGAGCAUUCCUAUUUGGGUAGCAUGUGCAGGGUACACCAUUUUUUCUAUUAUUUCCAUCAUUGUGAUCCCUCUGAUGUUCCCUGAGCUGAAAUGGUAUUAUGUAGUUGUUGCUUACAUUCUUGCACCCUCUCUAAGCUUUUGUAAUGCAUAUGGUGCUGGUCUGACUGACAUGAACAUGGCCUAUAAUUAUGGAAAAGUAGCGCUCUUUGUGCUUGCUGCCUUGUCUGGAAAGGAAAAUGGUGUGGUUGCAGGACUUGUGGGCUGUGGUCUUAUUAAGUCCAUUGUUUCUAUCUCUUCUGAUUUGAUGCAUGAUUUCAAGACUGGUCAUCUAACUCUCACUUCUCCAAGAUCCAUGCUUCUCAGCCAGGCAAUUGGAACAGCAAUUGGCUGUGUUGUAGCUCCUCUUACGUUCUUUCUCUUCUAUAAAGCUUUUGACGUGGGGAACCCUGAUAGUGAAUACAAAGCCCCAUAUGCCCUUAUUUAUCGAAAUAUGGCAAUUUUAGGUGUUCAAGGCUUCUCUGCCCUCCCUCACCAUUGUUUGCAGCUGUGCUAUGGGUUUUUCUCCUUCGCCAUAGCAGCCAACUUAUUGAGAGAUUUUACUCCAAAGAAUAUUGGGAAAUGGGUUCCCCUUCCAAUGGCUAUGGCUGUGCCUUUCCUUGUUGGUGCUUAUUUUGCAAUUGAUAUGUGUGUGGGGAGUCUGGUUGUGUUUGCAUGGCAGAAACUAAACGGCAAGAAGGCAGGUUUGAUGGUUCCUGCUGUUGCUUCUGGCUUGAUAUGUGGAGAUGGGUUGUGGCUUCUUCCUUCUUCAAUCCUUGCUUUGUUUAAGGUUCGACCUCCAAUCUGCAUGAACUUCUUGGCAUCAACAUAGACUAUGUUAUGGUGACAGAGAGAAAGAGGGAGAAUGCAGAGGCUUUGUUAGUUACAUUUAACAAAAACUAAUUUUGAAGUUGCAGACACACAACGGGUUACGAACCAGUAUAGUGUUUCAUACACAAUCUGUGUCUUCGAGUAAAACGCAACAUAUAUGUUAGUUCUGAUGUAUAUCAGUAUAUGAAAAAGUUUUAAUAAAAUUCAGUUUAGUUAAGAAACAAAGAUCAAUUCCAUAAUUGAUUCCCAACUUAAGCAUCCUCUCUGAUUACUUUUACAGUCAUUGACACAAUUCAAUUGUCUUGCUGGACACAGUCUUCUUAAAGCUUUACUGGUCUUGUUCAUGUUUCGAAGUAUGUGGACAUCUUUUUGCUCAUAUACACUUACACCUUGUAAGAGCUGCAUAAGUAUGUGAGCAAAUUGUAU